AUGAAGGCCACUGAAGUUCCGCACCCGACCCAUCAAUUUCUCGAGAUCGGGACGAAGCCACAUGGCAUGCGGCCACCAGCGUGCGAGAGCACACCAGCGGGGCCUGCAACUGCCUUUGGACAUAUGUCACAGGUCACAAAACGCAGUCUGCUGCGGGCAUACAAGCGGGCUCAACAGCAGGGAAUGGCGUGGUACAGAGGCCAACACUACACUGUGGCCGACCUUGAACGGAUGGGAUGUAAAUCUACUUCGACAUCGCCAGGUGCCUUGACAUCAGCCAAGCAACAGGAUCUCCGCCAUUGCAAUUGGCAUCAUGCUACCAAGAGACGUCUCAAAAUGUGGCAGUGGAAUUGCAGUGGACUCUCGGUGCCGAAGUUUGAUGAGGUGAAGGCCUGGCUUGUCAUGCAUCAGAUCGACAUUGCGGUGCUCUUAGAAACCAGAUGGACAUAUGAUGCCACCUGGCAAGACCCAGACUGGCACAUGAUACAUUCUGGAGAUGGACCCCAUAGGGGGAAGGGCAUUGCGAUCCUGGUCUCUCGACGCUUAUGCAAUGGUUCUCAGCUCCAAUGGCAUACCCAUGACAGCGGCAGACUGGUUCACUUGCGCAUCAAUCUCCGACCUCGCAGCCUGGAUGUGCUGGCUUGUUACCAGCACUCAUACCAACCCACUCAAGCUUGCCGGGUUGCCAGGGAUCGAUGGUGGACUCUGUUGGAACGAGUUCUGGCCCAGUUACCUGGCCGGAACUGCCUUGCACUCCUGGGAGAUUUCAACUGUUCCCUUGGCGCCUCUCCUCGGAGUGUUGGCACCUCAACGUUUGGGUGGUGUGGCAAACAAUGCAGUGGCACAGUGCAUCCUGAUCAGAGCAGAUUUGCACAGCUACUGCGCCAUUUUGCUCUGGUAGCGCUGAAUACAUGGUCAGCUCGACUGGGUCCGACGUUUGUGCAUGGCUCCACUGCGAGUCGUAUAGACUUUGCAUGUGCACGUCAACCUUAUGCAGAUGGCGAUGCCAGACAAGUGAAGUAUCUGUGGGACUCUCCUUUUUUGAACCAAACAGAAUAUGGACAUGCCCCUAUGCUCUUCACCAUAGCCAAGCAUUGGAUUCCAGUUUUUGCGCAUCACCGCAUACAGGCAGUCAGCAUGCAACAGAGGAACACUAGCAGACAGGCCUACGUGGAUCAAACUUCAGAAUGGCUUGAUUUUGCACAGUGCUCUGCCAGCCAGCUUCAGGCAACUUUUGCUCACCACUCAGGGUCUGCUGAUCAAUUCAUGGAGGAAAUCCAUCAACAGAUGCUCAAGACCUUUUGUGACCAUUUUCCAGCUGGCCGUACACUUUCAGCUCCACCAGCAUGGCGCCUGACUAUGCCAACGCUGCAGAAUAAGUGGGAACACAGACGCAACAUGCAGAGGAAACAAGCGUUUUUAGUCAGAUCCAAACGUUUUCAAGAGGUUGUUGAUUGUGCUGUGGAUGCAGCUGCCCAACACAAUACCCACAAACUCUUUCAGAUCAUCAAUCGUUUUGCACCCAAACAAACCCGAAAGCAGAUUCAACUCAGAACUUCGGAGGGACGCAUGGCCAGCCCAGUAGAAAGUGUUGCCCUGCUGAACAAAUUUGUAGCUGACACAUGGGCUGGACCUCAGUCCUUUCAGAUGACCUUUGAAGCUGCACCAGGCGUGCCUUUUUCAGUGAGACAGCUUGAAAGGGCUCUGGCUCUGAUCCCGCCAGGGAAGGCAGUGGCAAAGCCUUUUGCUCCUGGAGUCGUCUGGAAACAGCAUGCCUCCAUCCUAGCUCCAGCCUUGCAUGCCAAACUUUUGGAUUGGUGGUCUACCACCCCUCCCCAAAUUCCUUGUUCAUGGCGCCAUGGAUGGUUAUUUCUAAUUCCUAAAGCAUCCAAGACACCAGAUUCCCCUCACCAUUUGCGCCCGCUGGCGCUGCAGGAACCAGUAGGUAAGGCCAUCCUUGGUUUGAUCAUCCGUUUAGCCAUGACUGAAGCCAAUGAUCAUCUUGCCAUUUUUCCUGUUUGGGCUUAUUUGGUGCAUCGUUCCACGCUGGAUGCGAUUAGGAGGGUUAGCUUGCAUUGUGCCGAAAUCAGGGAGCUUUUACAGUUUCAGAGAUCUACUCCUCACAAGAGGGUGCGCAGACAGCCGCAAUAUAGCCUGUAUGGGGGCCUUCAGAUCUGCUUGGACUUGCGAUGUGCUUUUGACUGUGUGGAUAGGUGUAGGCUUUUUCAACGUCUACAUCAACUCAACAUCAGUCAGUCCCUGAUCCAGCUGUUGACCACGUGGCAUGAACACUCUGUUUACUAUGUCCAACAUGAUCAUGCAGACUGCCCCAUAGCCAUUGGCCGUGGCGUCCGCCAAGGCUGCAAGGCGGCCCCGGGAUUGUGGAACUUUUUUGUUGUGCUGCUGUUACAUGACUUGAUGGACUAUGUUCCCCUGCAUUGGAUUCAAAGGCACUUGACCAUUUAUGCUGACGAUUUUCACAUUGGUUCCAAGUUUGUUUCCUUUGAAGAAUUCCAAUAUUGUCGGAAGGUGGUGGGCAUUUUGUUUUCACUUUUGGAAUCCAUGCAACUGCGCAUCAACCCUGACAAGUCAGUCGUCAUUUUGGAAAUGCGGGGGAGCAGAAGCCAUGCCUUGCGACCGACGGUCACCAGACGCGAUCGUGAUGGAGAAAAGAUGAUUUUUUACAAGCUUGACAGCACCUCAGUGAGCAUUCCCAUUCACAGAACUGCAAAGUACUUGGGGGUGAUGAUCUGUUAUGGCAACUUUGAAGAUCUCAGCUUGAAACAUCGGCUCUCCUUGAUGCAUACAGGUUUUCGACGCAUGCAGAAAUGGCUCCUGGGCAAACACAGCCUCAGCGUGAAACAGCGAUACCAACUUUGGCUUACAUGCAUUUACCCAAUACUGAGCUAUGGCAUUUGUGCAACAGGUCUCACAUCAGUGGGUAUCAAACUGGCAACAACACAGAUGACCAUUAUGCUACGCAAGCUGAUGCAUGACCAUUCCUAUGUGACUAGACGCACAAAUCAACAUGUGUUUGCUAUUCACAAGUUCUUCACCCCGGCGCAACUGCUUCAUGGCACUGCGACUGGACUUUGGAGGACCACACAUGAACGGGACACAGUGUUACCAGCACAUGACCUGGCCCGACACAUUGACUGGAGUCAUUUACAGCAGCUUGUCAGCUUUUUGGAUCAUUUGCAGGCCACUGAAUCUUCAGAGAAGCCCUGGACACCUUUGGGUGAGGCUUGCUAUGCCAGCCCUUUUUUUCAAUGUGCUCAAUGCGAUUUUUGCACAGAUCAGGAACUUUUGCCUGGACCAGCUCCGUGCACGACGCCCUUGAGACGCAUUGGUGCUUCCCUUGGCAGUUUGGACAUCAUGCAACCACAUUUGGCAGAUGCAGCUGCAAGAGGUGUCCGUUUGAUCACUCCAGAUGAACUACAUCACUUACGCCAACAGGCAUUUGGAGAUCGACUUCUUCAUAUUGUGCAGGAGCGUUCGUGGGACAGGGUUGCUGCAGAUUCUGAGAUUUGCCAGUAUUUGAGCUCCCGCUGCGUCAUCUGUGACCAUCAAUUCACCAGAUGCCAAGAACUUCAUCAACACUUCCGUUUGCAGCAUGCGGAGUUGUGGGAGUACGCUCCUCAGAAGUCAAUUCAGCUGACAAAUUUAUUUUCUUCUGAAAGUCCUUGUGCGUGCUGCGGAGCCUUAUUCAAGACUCAUUCCUGCCCGACCUGGUCUCAGAUAGCAGUCUUGCUGGUGAACGGUGCUGGCCUCGACAUGCAGAUCAAUGACCCAGUUCAGGAAGUCCGGCAACGCUGUGAACUCUGUCUUGAAUGUUUCACUACGUCCACAGACCUGGUCCGACAUCUGCAGGACAGACAUGGACUCCAGGGUCUGAGCUACAACGAAAGCCGCGACUCAUUGGAUGGAACCUCAGCAUGCGCACAUUGUGGGCAAUUGUUCCAAACAUUGGGCGGGCUCAAAUCUCAUGUGGUGCAGGGCCGAUGUUUGUAUUUCAAUCCUCAGGCUACGGCCGAGACCAAGCCUGUCGAUGAGAACAGCAAACAGGCCUGUCUUGAUGGCAAGCUUCUGACUGUCCUCCAGGAUCCCAUGGUGCGGAUGAGACUGACGGUGGUUUGUCAGGCCUGUGGCAAGGGCUGCAAGAGGGCUGCCGACUUGGCCCUACACCUUCAAACUGCUCACUCCAGAUUGUGGAGAAAAUCGCAAAGGCUCACUCUCAUCAUGGUUGAUGCAUUUUAUCAACAUCAGUGUUUCUGCAAUCCUUCAUCGGGCGUACACAGAACACAACAUGUUUGUUUGCCGUUCAGGCAACUGGCAAUGGCCUUUCAUCGUAUGGGAGUAGAACCAUUUGCGCCAACCGUGAUCACUGACAAACUGCUGAAGGACAUUCUUGCAGACACAUUGCCACGAGCUGCCAAGUACCGCUUGGAAAGGGCGUUGGUUCAUCGCACUUUUUCUGACACAUGGCAGGACUCUGAGAUCCUGAAGCUGAUGCGGGAACACUGCAUACUUUGCGGUGCUCAACCGGCCCCAUCUGACAUGGCCUUGCAUCUGCGGGAGGAGCAUCAGUGCAAUCAUGAGAUGUUUCUUUUCUAUAUGGAACAGCUCUUGCCCAUUGCAUUGGAGCCGAACUUGGAUCACUAUCAGUGUCAUUUGUGCGACCUUGUUUUCAAUUUGCCUUCUUCUUUGCGGCCUGAUGAAACACUGUCUGCUCGAGCCCAAAUUGCCUUGUCUCACCUGCGUGGAGCUUGUCCUGUGCUGAUCCAAUUGGCUCAGCUUUUCGGGGAGGCCUUUGGGGCCCUGGCGCCUCUCUUCCACGACAAGUCCCUCCAGCUGGCCGAGAACCCCCGGCAGACCAAAGCCAGACGUCGCGACGGCCCAAAAGACAGCGCCGAGGGGACGGAGGAGCAACCAGCAGCCAUGGAGGCCACACAGAAGGUUUUGGCGACCCUGGUCACUCUUCUGGUCCGACACGACCAGGAGCUGCAAGGACUCAGAAGAAUGGAUCAAUUCAUUCUUUUUUUGAAUCCCGAACAGACAGGCGCUCUUCAUCUCAUGAUGCAGGAGACGGUCCAAUGGAAACAAAAGAUGGAGGGUACAUCCACAGCUCAGAUGAUGCCGCUGCGCCAACAUCUGGUGCUGACGAUGCUGAACGCCAUGAGAACCCGAGCAGGGAAGAUAGUCGCUGCCAAGGAGACGGACGACCUCUUCACCACCUCCCUGGCCAAGGGACUGAUCUUGGCAGACAAGAGCUUCCCAUUUCACAGGUGGGACCCGGCCACCCAGUUGCUGAUCCUGGACAAGAAAGAGCCCAUCAGUGCGGCCAAGAUGGAACAGAACUUGGAGGAGCUGACGGAACUGCUUACCCACAGGGAAGCUGUGAUCAGAUUCCAUGCAUUGCGGGCCCCGGAUGCGCAGACCGACAAAACAGUGCCCUGGCGUCUACAGAUUCACCUGAGGCACGACAGGGUCUACGACCUUUUGCAUUACCUGACGCACAAUGCCAUCUGGAUGGUCGUAGGCCAUGGUGGGUCCAAACAAGCCCAAAGGCCGCGGCAAGGGGAAGGGCAAGAGCAAGCAGCCCAAGAAGAACACAACAGAGAAGUCCGAAUCCUGAGCUCUGAGAAGGUAGCCAAACUUACUCAGAUCAUGUGUCAGUUGCGUUUGACCAAUGACAGCAACUGGUGCUACGGAAAUGCUUCUUUGCACAGUUUGAUCUGGUGCCUUCUUUGUCUGCAGAUUCCUAUGACGGAUCUUUGGGGACCACACCUGAGUGAUUUGCUUAUUUUCAUUCAGCAGCAUGCCCAUCAACCGGCCAAGCUGUGUGAGUGUGAAUGGUUUCAGGCAAUAGUCAAAGACUGGGGUGCAACUCAUGCCCAGAAAGAUAGCGCUGAAUUCAUUCAGCGCGCUCUGCACUGGCUACGAGCUGCGGCGUUUGACAUGCGCUGGGAGAGAAGAAUUGAGACUGCUGACUGCAUACAUGUUCAUGAUUCCAAUAGCAAUUACACGCCGAUUACAUUGAUCAUCCCUGAGCGUUUGCAUUUGAAUGGACAGUGCCAGCUAUCUCAAUUGGUGCUCGCCUGGACUCAGGAGCACUCCAUGUGUGCUGCGCUACUGGAUGCCCCGUCAUGCCUUUGCUUUCAUGUUGAUAGGUUUUAUCGCACGCCUGAUGGUGAGGUACAGAAAAGCCUGUGUCGUAUUGACAUUGACACGGAAGUGACCAUGCCUGUUUUCCGCAAUCAACGUUUGGGUUGUGCGACUGCUGGCUAUAUUCCAGUUGCUGGAGUAGCUCAUUUUGGCAGUGACAUGGCUGGACACUGCAAGGCAAUGCUCAAAAUGCAGCCCACCCUGACAGCUGGAGGACAACCGGCAGCCUGGCUGGUGACAGAGGAUGAUCAUCAUCCCACUCCGAUGUGGCAGUGUCCGGCCUGGUUUGCCAGCAAUUUAGUUGUCAUUUGGAUGCUCAGAACAGAUUGCCUGCGUCUCCCCGUGUUUCUUGCCCAGUCCGAAAAUGAUGCCCCAGCAGAUGCCCAGAAGACCGACAAACCUGACAGUGCACUUUUGCAACUUUUGCAAUCGCAGCCUGGAGCCUUCUCAUUGGAGUCGACCGGACUCAAAUGA